AUGAAGGGUGUUUUGAGAUUUGAAAAGAAGGGAAAGCUAAGUCCACGUUUUGUAGGGCCAUUUAAGAUACUUGAGCAAAUUAGCCCCGUAGCUUAUCGUUUGACGUUGCCUCCGUUAUUUUUUGCAGUUCAUGAUGUAUUGCAUGUCUCUAUGUUGAGAAAUUAUGUAGCAGACUCGAUACAUAUAGUUGACUUUAAACCAUUGCAAAUUAAUGAGAAUUUGAGUUAUGAGGAACAACCCGUUGAGAUUUUGACAAGAGAGGUCAAACUACUUCCCAAUAGAGGAAUUGCACUGCUUAAAGUUCUUUGGCGAAACCACGAAGUUGAAGAGGCCAAAUGGAAAAGAGAGGAUGACAUGAGAGUUCAGUAUCCCGAGCUGUUCAAGGAUUCGAACUUUCGAGAACAAAAGUUUCUCAAAGGAAAGAAGAUUGUAACGCUCCAAAAUAUAAGGUAA